AUGGUGGAAAUUGAGGUUAAUGCUGAAAAUGGAGGCGAUUCAUCCUCUUCUAAUCAGAAUAAUACGAAUUCUGGAAAUGUAAAUGUAAGUCUUGCUUAUAAUGAUCCAUUUUAUAUUACAAGUUCAGAUCAAACUGCAAGUAAAUUGGUUUCGAUUAAUCUCAAUGGUAGCAAUUAUAUUAGCUGGAAACGUAAUGUGAGAAGAGCUUUGAUUGCGAAGAAUAAAAUAGGUUUUAUUGAAGGAACUCUUGUUAAACCUGAUGAAUCACAUAAGGAUUAUAAUCGCUGGAUGAGAUGUGAUUAUCUUGUGAUUUGCUGGUUAAUGAAUUCAAUGAAUGAAGAAAUUGGAGAGAACUUUACUUUUGUUGAUAGUUCUGCACAAUUAUGGCAUGAAAUUGGUGAAUGCUAUGGUCAAUCUAAUGGACCUCAUAUUUAUCAAUUGAAACGCGAGUUAGACAACCUUAAGCAAGAAAAUCAGUCCAUUAUGAUGUAUUAUGGAAAAUUGAAGCGUUUUUGGGAUGAAUUACAAAACCUCAGAAGCUUACCAACCUGUACUUGUGGUGUUUUGCUGAAGUGUAGUUGCAAUUUCUUGAAGAGGUUAUCUGAAUUUGACUCUGAAGAGAAGCUAAUGCAGUUUCUAUUAGGUCUUAAUAGUGGAUUUGAUAAUGCAAUUAGCAAUAUUCUUGCUAUGGAUCCUCUUCCAUCUAUUAGUAGAGCAUUUUAUUUGGCUCAACAGAUGGAAAAACAGAAGGAAGUGAGUAGUAUGAAUGCUAGUCCAGGAAGUCAUGAGGUUAGUGCAUUUGCUGUUCAGCAGAAACAACACUCUUAUGCUAAGAAUUCUUACAAGAAGGAUUGGAGAAAGGAGAAACUGGAGAGAAUGUGUGAUUAUUGUAAGAAGCAAGGACACACUAGAGAUGUUUGUUUCAAACUUAAAGGUUUUCCAGAAUGGUUUACAAAGAAAUAUGGGGUCACUACCAAGCUUGCUGCACAAGUGUCUGUUCCAGAUCAUCUUGAUUAUGCAGGAGAUGAUCCUCUUGAGUAUAGUGCUGCUGGACCUUCUGCUACUUCUUAUCACAAUACUGAAGUUCAUGACUCUGCCACGAUACAAUCUAUAAUGACUGAAGUUAUGAAAGCAAUGAAAGGCAAGCAAGUUGUUGGAGAAUCUUCCAACAAUUCUGUUUCAUAUGCCAAUUAUGCAGGUAUAUCUUUGCUUACUUCUGUUACUGAUAUUUGGAUUAUGGAUUCUGGUGCCACAGAUCAUAUGGCUUUUGAUGAUAAAUUAUUUAUACAUAAAAGAAAGUUAUCCAAGUCUGUUAAAAUUGGAUUGCCUGAUGGAACUUGUUCUUAUGUGUCUGAAAUUGGAGAUGUUGAUGUGUUUCCUAACCUUGUUCUCAAAGAUGUUUUAUAUGUGCCCAUUUUUAAGCAUAAUUUGAUUUCAGUUGGGAAAUUGAUAGAUGAUGCUGCUAUUGAAGUAAUUUUCAGAUCACAUGAGUGCAUAUUUCUUAUUCCUAAUACUACACAUCAUCUUGGUACAGCACCUAAAAUAGGUGGUUUGUACUUGCUCAAUUCUUCACAAAAAUCUGUUUCUACUAAUAUACACAAAAAUUUUCCUAUAGUUACUAAUGUUGUUGUUGCUGAUUCUAAUUCUCACUCUCUAGCUUCUGUUUCUCAAUCUUCUACUUUAUCAAAAUCUUCCAAAUCUUCUAAUCUUUCUAUUGAUCUGUUACAUGCUAGACUUGGCCACAUUUCAUUAUCCAAAAUGAAACACUUAGGAAUAUGUGAUUGUAAUCACUUAAAUAACUAUUUUUGUGAAAUCUGUGUGUAUGCAAAACAUCACAAACUUCCAUUCCCUAGAAGCCUUAAUAGGGCUGCCAAGUGCUUUGAUCUUAUAUAUUCACAUUGA